AUGAGCUUCCUCUUGCCCCCAGUGUUAGCCUCCCUGCAAGAUUUCGCUGCACAUUCCGCGACCGAUGUUGACUAUUGGAUUUGUCUCAUUAAGACCUUAACGAAGGCCUUCAUGUUGGACGACGGAGUGUUCUGGCGCGACGAUAAGCUUCGGCAGAUGGCGAAGCCUUUGGUCGGCCAAAUAUCGAUCUGCGUUGAACUUGAAAAUGCUAUUGCGAAGGCAUGUUUACCUGAAUGCCUGGUAGCGCUUGGAGAUUCGAUAACGGACGAUACUUUGCUGAAAACUCUCAAUAUCGACAUCUUGAUGCACACAAGGUCUGACGCGGCUAAAGUGCGGAUCUUUGCCUUGCAAUGUUCCGAGCUCUUAUGGCGCAACGACGGCGGAAAGCUCUUAGGUUUUGUACCAGAAACGAUAACGUUCAUCGCAGAAUGUGCAGAAGAUGAGCACGACUUGGUUGUCGAUGCAGCAAGAAGCCUGAAAGAUGCAGUAGAAAGCGUAGCAGGGAAGAUAGAUGUGUGA